GGGUAUAUAAGGGCGGCGGGCGGCCGCUCUCUUUCCGCUGCGCCGCGCUCGCCGCCGAGGACGACGCCGACGCCGCCGCCUCCCCCCCGCCGCCGCCGCCGCCCGCCGCCGCCAUGGCCAACCCCGUCGUGUUCUUCGACAUCGCCGCCAACGGCGAGCCCCUGGGCCGCGUCACCUUCGAGCUCUUCGCGGACAAGGUGCCCAAGACAGCAGAGAACUUCCGCGCCCUGAGCACCGGCGAGAAGGGAUUCGGCUACAAGGGGUCCUGCUUCCACCGGAUCAUCCCCGGCUUCAUGUGCCAGGGCGGCGACUUCACGCGCCACAACGGCACCGGCGGCAAGUCCAUCUACGGGGAGAAGUUCGCCGACGAGAACUUCAUCCUGAAGCACACGGGGCCCGGCAUCCUGUCCAUGGCCAACGCCGGCCCCAACACGAACGGCUCCCAGUUCUUCAUCUGCACGGCCAAGACCGAGUGGUUGGAUGGCAAACACGUCGUCUUCGGCCGCGUCAAGGAGGGGAUGAACGUGGUGGAGGCCAUGGAGCGCUGCGGCUCCAAGGACGGCAAGACGAGCAAGCAGAUCACCAUCUCCGACUGCGGGCAGCUCUCGUAAACCCUUUGUCUUAACGAGCCACCAUUCCGCCGGCGGCCCCGGGCAGCACGCCUGGCGCAGCCCCCUCCGACCCCCCCCCCCCCCCCGACCCCCCCAGCGCUCCCGACUUAGUGCUGCGUUUCUACUGGGUCUCGCCGCAUGUGCACAGCCCAGCCGGGCUGCAGAGUUCCGUUUAUGAGUCUAAAUAAAACGAGUUAAACCACA